CAUAUAAGAAACCUCAUCACGUUUCUCAUCUACUUGUUCGUUUUCUAUUCAUUUUUCCUUGUCUCUGAUAGGCACAGAGAUUCUAUAUAUCUGGAUAUAUUCAAUCCAAGCAAAAUACAGAACAACCCUUCCAGACUUAAGAGCUGCUUAAACUGAGCUAGAAUUUGUUAACGAUGAAGUUCGGGAAAGAAUUCAAGUCUCAAAUGGUGCCAGAAUGGCAAGAAGCAUACAUGAAUUAUGAUUAUCUGAAAACCCUUUUAAAAGAUAUUCAAGAUUUUAAUCAUAAACAUAAGCCUCAUCAUCCUUCAACCCUGAAACGAACUAUGACUCUGUACAGAUCUUUCAGUGGUCUUACUAGUCUUAGCAGAAGAUUCAGUAAUUUAAGAAGUCCUAGUGUUAAAGUAUCAGGAGGAGGAGGAGGAGAAGCUGGUGGUGGUGGUGAUAUUGAAGAUCAAGUCAUACUAGUUACUGCUGUUGAUCAUAAUCAGCAAAAUCAUGAUCAUCAUUAUGAAACCAAGUUUUUGAAGUCAUCUGAUGUUGGAGCUGAGUAUGAACUUGUGUAUUUCAGAAGAUUAGAUGAUGAAUUCAACAAAGUGAACAAGUUUUACAAGAGCAAAGUUGAGGAAGUUAUGAAAGAAGCUGAUUUGUUGAACAAACAAAUGGAUGCUCUGAUUGCUUUCAGGAUUAAGGUUGAGAAUCCUGAUGGAACUAAUCAUCAUUUCGUAAAUUGGUCGGUAGAGAUGAAUGAACUUGCUUCUGGUGUCGCUGCUUCUGCUGCUGCUGUUUCACUUACUUCACCUAGAGUUGCUUCUCCGGCUACUGCUAUUCCUUCUCCGACUGGUACUGCUAGAUCAAACAGCAGAUCAUCAAAUGUAUCCAAAGAAGCAAUGCCACAUAUGGAUGCUAUUAAAGAGACUGACCAACCUGAGGAGUCUGCGGAUGAUUCUGCACGCGGUGGCAGCCGAUUCACUGAUUCACCUAGUGCGGAUGCAGGCAGCGAAAUGAAAGAAAAGAAGAUGAACGUUAGUAGACCAGCUUCAUUAGACGUUCUUAAUCGUGUGACCAUUAACAAUACACUUGAUACACCACGAUCAACCAUAAAGGGAAUGCUUAAAGUUAAUAAAAACAACGAAAUUACUUAUGGAAGAGAGAACCUACAGAAAGUUGAACAGCAACUUCAACGAGCUUUUGUCGAGUUCUAUUCAAAACUUCGGCUUUUGAAGAGUUUCAGCUUUUUGAAUGUCUUGGCAUUUUCAAAGAUCAUGAAGAAGUAUGACAAGAUCGCUUCAAGAAACGCAUCAAAAUCUUACUUGCACAUGGUGGAUAACUCCUACAUUGGCAGUUUUGACGGGGUUACUAGGCUUAUGGAGAGAGUGGAAGCUACAUUUAUCAAGCACUUCACAAAUGCGAAUCGCAGCAAAGGCAUACGAAUUCUGAGACCAGCUGCAAAGAGAGAAAGGCAUAGAACUACAUUUUCCCUGGGUUUCUUUUCCGGGUGCGCUUUAGCUCUCUUGGCAUCUCUUAUAUUGAUUGUGCGUGCUCGGAACAUAUUAGGGACGGAAGGGAGUACGCAGUACAUGGAAACUUUGUUUCCCCUUUACAGUUUAUUUGGAUUCAUUGUCCUUCAUAUGCUCAUGUACGCAAUGAAUAUCUACGUCUGGAGGCGUUAUCGGGUGAAUUAUCCGUUCAUAUUUGGAUUUAAGCAAGGAACUGAAUUGGGUUAUAGGGAAGUCUUCCUCAUAAGCUCAGCUCUAGCAACACUUGCACUGGCAAGUGUACUGGCAAACUUAGAUAUGGAAAUGGACAAGAACACCAAAGAUUUCAAGACCCUAACGGAAUUAGUCCCGCUUCUGUUAGUCCUUUUUGUUAUUGCAGUAACAGUUUGCCCCUUCAAUAUCGUAUACCGUUCAAGUCGAUAUUUCUUACUCGUUUGUUUGUUCCAUUGUAUUUGUGCUCCCUUUUACAAGGUUCUCCUACCUGAUUUUUUCUUGGCAGAUCAGUUAACUAGCCAGGUCCAGGCCAUAAGGAGUAUGGAAUACUAUAUCUGCUACUAUGGUGGGGGAGGUUUCAAAUCCAGGGACAGCUCUUGCAAGAAGAGCGACGUCUUUAAAGUUUUCAACUUCAUCGUAGCGUCAAUACCAUAUGUGUUCCGUUUAUUUCAGUGCCUGCGCCGUUUAUUUGAGGAGAAGGACGCAAUGCAAGGAUAUAAUGCUGUAAAGUACUUCUCAACAAUCGUUGCUGUAGCCAUUAGAGCAGCUCAUAAGUUGAAUAACACGACGGCAUGGUUCACGCUGGCAGUACUGAGUUCAGUAAUUUCAGCUCUUAUUAGCACUUACUGGGAUCUUGUUCUAGAUUGGGGACUUUUCCAGAAGAACUCCAAGAAUCGGUAUUUGCGUGAUAAACUUCUUAUCCCACAACAAAACGUGUACUUCGGAGCCAUCGCACUCAAUAUCUUGCUUCGAUUCGCCUGGUUGCAAACUGUAUUCAAUUUUAAACUUCCUUUUCUACAUAUGGAAGCUAUGGUCACCAUCUUUGCUUGUUUAGAGAUCAUUCGGCGCGGGAUAUGGAAUUUCUUCAGGCUAGAGAAUGAGCAUUUGAACAAUGUGGGCAAGUAUAGGGCAUUCAAAUCAGUACCACUGCCUUUCAACUAUGAUGAGAACGAUGACGAUAAAGAUGAGUAAGAUUCUCCAUCAAGAUGCGGACGGAAAAUAUGAUUCACGGGGAAAUGAACUGGCCAUACAUGAUAAUGCUUGCAGGGAAACCUUGGAAAGCCGUUGAUUUUGCAAUAUGUCAGAUACACAAGCCAUUCAUUGUCUAUUGUCUAUUGUUGUCAAUAAAUGUAGUUUUGAUUGUAAAUUAGUACUAGUACAUUUCUGUAGCAUUAGAAAUAGUUGGGAGUCACGCUGGGAAGAGCGAGCGAAAGCUGCAAACUCGCUCGGCCUGCUUUGCAAUUGUAAUUUGUUUGUACAAGUUCUAUUUAUAUACACGUACAAACUAAACUCUUCC